UUCAUUCAAAUCUCGAGGCAAUCGAGUGGUGUUAGAUUCAUGCACGAACUCGUGAUCCGUCUUCUCUGCAACACUACCCUACUUCUCUUCCCGCCAUUUUCUCCGUGAAAUUAACAACAAUUUCUAAUUUUGGCGCCAUUUUUGCUUUACACACACAGAAGAAGAGAGCAAACCAGAGGGGAAGGGUUUUGUGAUGAGAGAUGGAAUCGGGAUCAGGAGAAGGGUCGAUGAUGGACGACUACGAAUCGUUGAUUUCGACUACCGAUGCAGAGCUCUUGAAGCGGUCAUGGCGGAACGAGAAAGCUGCUCCCGAGAUUCUUCAGUUCGAGCUCUCUCUGGUUCAGAGAUCCACAGAACAGAUCCAAUUGAUGGAAGAAACUGUGGAAGAAUCCAUGACAAGUGGUGUCGAUCCACUCACUGUAUCACUUUACCAGAUGGACUUGGACAGGACGCAGUUUCUAUUAAGAUCAUAUAUUCGUAUUCGUCUCCAGAAGAUUGAGAAAUACAUGGCUCACAUCCACAAAACCACUGAACUUUGGAAUCGGCUUUCUAAGCAAGAACAAAAGUAUGCCCAAAGGUGCAUUGAAGAUCUGAAAGAACAUUUUGAAAAAUCAGUUCUUUCAAAAUUGCCUGAUCGUUAUAAGUCCAGUUUAAAGCAAUCUGUUAUAAGCGAAGAGGAUGACAUGGUCCCAGAACCCCAGCUGGACACAUAUGUCAUCUGUAGAGCAAAGAGAUCCUUGGGAGCUUUCCAGCUUGAUGACAGCGCCGAAGAGAAUCCAGUGAGCUUGGAUGCCGGUGAUCCCUACGCUAUACGAUACAAGUCGAUAAAAUCACUUGUUUACAGUGGACAAAUUGAUUUAGUGUGAGUCUCUAUCUAUUCUCUAUUAUAUUUAUAACCCCUUGGUUCUUGACACAAGGCCUGCCUCACUUGUGCAACAAAAAAUGGCGUUAACUGACACUGAGGUGCAAGCUACUUCAUUUGCAAGGUCCUGUCUGUGAUUUGUUAAAAUGGUACGCUGAAGUUGUAAUAUUUCCAUAUUUUUAUGACGUUUUAUUGUGAUUCUGUAGAGUGGGUCCUUUGUCGUAGCAUUUGGCUAAAUACUGAUAUUUUAAAUUAUACAUAAAAAAAAAAUUAAGAAAAAAA